GACGGCAAGUGGAGCCACCACAAUGGUCACCAUUGGCCAUGGGAAUGGUCUUUGGCUCAAGGGAGUGGUAGACUCUACUUCAUCUUCAGCUUUGAGAGCUCGACUCCCUUGGUCUUAUACACUUGGUCUUGUGCACUUACAUCGCUUUUUAUUUUCUUUCUCUUUCUUCACACUGUCGCCUCCUUGCUCCAAAUCCUUUGACCGGUUCCAAGAAGCCUCCAUCGCCACCCUCUUUCUUCCCCAUAGCCACUGCCGCCGCCUCCCUCCUUCCCCGCAGUAACGUUCCUAUUUUUUAGGUAACUGAAGGCAAUUUCUGAUCAUGUCAACCUGACUCGUGAAGCCAGAGGAAGAACAAACAGGAGAUGAUUUGAUCUUUAUAAGAGAUUUUGUUUUAAAGUCAAACGCUUAGUUUGGAUGUGGAUACAAAAGCUUUUUAAUAAUCAAUUGCUGAUUACAAAAACUUUGUACUAAUAGAUACUACAAAUGGAAUGAAGUUUGCUCUAGAGUUUGCAGAGAAAUCCAUACACACACAAAAAAAAAAACAUUUCUAGUUGUUUUGAUGUUCAAAAUCAAGUUAUAACUUUUUUUUUUGAAAAAAGGAAGGGGUAGUUUUUAGGGUAAAGGGUCAGUGUUCACUAACAAUGAGUUCUGUUAUUUAUUCACUGCUGGAGAUGACCAGUAACAAUGACCCUAUGUAUUCUUUUCCUUCCUCUAACCAAUACCCUUACACUAACCCUAUUACUCCUCCAACGUAUCCUUCAAAUUACCAGUACCCAUCUGGAGCAUACUACCUACCACCUCCCCGAACUGCAGUACCCUUUCCUGCACCAUAUGAUCAGCACCACGUCAUGGGUAUGGACCCUUCAGCACGGGCAUUCGUUGGUGCUUGGUAUCCUUCUUGCGGGUAUUGUGCGCCCAUAAUGGAGAUCGAUGUUCAUAUCAAGAAAGAAACCUUGAAGAUCGUGCCCGAUCAAGAAGAUCCUGAAAAAUUUCUUGUUGAAUUCACUUUUGAUGCCUUUGUUGCUUGCAGCAUUACCCUCUCUGUCUUUGAAGAAUUAGGGGAGGACAUGAGUCCAACAAUAGAAGACCUGCUUCCAUCAAUUACAGUGGAUUUCCCACAAGGUUUUGGCCAGAAAUUCAGACAGAAGUCCGGGACUGGAAUUGACCUUAGACUAUAUCGGGUAAAUGAUUACACAGAGGUAUACCAUUUACAAAUUAAGGCACAAAAAAGUCAAUGCAUAUCAGAAGAUGGAAGUAUGGUUAGUGGAAGUAUUAUUUCCCAAUAUACUCUAGCAGAGUUUGAGAAGGAGAAGGAUGAAUGCCAGGUUAGGGUUACAAGCCAGUUCUUAAAGGUGAACAAUGUGGAGUAUGAUAUCGGUAGAUGUGGUAUUUAUUUUUGGAAUGAUCCUGGUGAACAAUAUCGUAAAAUUGGGAAGUUAUUGGUUUCUAAUAUAAAAAUUGGGAUGGGGAGUAGUGGUACGAUUGUAUUUAAGGGAAGUUAUGAUGAUAGGGAAGUUGCUGUGAAAAGGAUUGUGAAGGAACAUUAUGAUGUUGCAAUGAACGAGAUUGCAAAUCUGAAUGCAUGUGAUUGGCAUCCUAAUAUUGUUAGGUAUUAUGGUGUGGAGAAGGAUCAAGAUUUUGUUUAUGUUGCUCUUGAGAAGUGUGUAUGUAGCUUACAUGAUUUGAUAUUGUCACAUGGUAAUUUGGGUGUGCAAUUGGAACCCACAACAGAUGUUUUUAAGGAUUUGAAAUUGUGGAAGCCUAAUGGGUAUCCUUCAUCUACUUUGUUGAAUUUAAUGAGGGACACGGUUAGAGGACUUGCCCAUUUACAUGAACUUAAAAUCAUUCAUCGUGACUUAAAGCCUCAAAAUGUCUUAAUACAAAAAUAUACUUAUAUCUGUGCGAUGGUCUCAGAUAUGGGUAUUAGCAGACGCCUAGCUGCAGAUAAAUCUUCAUUAACCAAAAGCACAACUGGGAGCACCGGGUGGAAAGCACCCGAACGACUACGGAAUGAAAGACAAAGGCGUUCUGGGGAUUUAUUCAGUCUUGGGUGUCUGUUUUCCUUCUGUAUCACUGGUGGUAAACACCCGUAUGGUGAUGCAAUUGAGCGUGAUAUAAAUAUUUUGAACGGAAAGAGAUAUCUAUCAUCCGUAGAAAAGAUUCCGGAAGCCUUUGAUCUUAUCUCUCGUCUCCUAGAUCCUGAUGCAGAAUCCAGGCCAAAAGCCACAGAAGUAUACAACCACCCUCUAUUCUGGGACCCUGAAAAACGUAUCUCCUUCCUUCGUGACUCAAGUGACCACGUAGAACUAGAAGACACUGGUUCUAAUCUCCUAAAAUCACUCAAAGACAUCAAGCAUUACAAGGACUGGAACCAAGAAUUAGACAAAACACUCAUCACAGACAUCGAGCGUUGGAGAGCAUACAACUAUAACAGUGUGCGUUGUUUAUUACGAGCCAUAAGAAACAUAUAUUGUCACUAUGGUAAUCUCUCAAAAGCGUCGCAAAUGUUGUUUAAGAAUGACCCCACAGAAGUCGAUGGAUAUUUUAGCCACCGGUUUUCAAAACUUCUUAUGGAUGUGUAUGAAGUUUUGAAAAAGAAUUGUGUGGAAGGUCAGAUUCAUGAUAAGUAUUAUAAACAAUAUCAGUUUUAAGUUUUAUAUUUAUGGAAAAUGUCAAUGUACUUUAUUUCCUGCCCUUAGGCUAAAUGUUGUAGAUAGCAAUGUAUUUUUAUUAAUUUGUGUAUUGUAACA